AUGAAGGAUACGGAUAAACGGCAUGAAGGAGGCGGAAGGAGAACGGGAACAGAAAAAUCUGAGAAAGAUCAGAGCUGGAUCCCCAAGAUCAUCAAAAUGAGAGUUUGCACCACGUUCGUAGAGGACUUAUCAAGCAAUGGGGUAUUGUGUCAGUGUGGUGGUGUGCGGGAGACACACGGCUCCAUCGCUACAGGAGACUUUUUCGGGGCGGCCAUCGUCAGCCAAUGGGACAGCUCUCAGCACUCCUCAGAGUACCCCACCGACGCCUUCGGAGAGUUGGAGUUCGCAGGGGCCGGCAGGAGACACAGCCAUUUCCUGCGUUUGUCAUGCGACACCCCACCUCAUAUCAUGUACGGCCUGAUGACGGCCCAUUGGGGGGUGCCCUCCCCCAACCUGGUGGUUUCUGUGGUGGGGGGGGGGGGUGGUCGCGAGAAGGUCAAGCCCUGGGUCAGGGAGGUGCUGAGACAGGGGCUGGUCAGGGCAGCACAGAGCACAGGGGCGUGGAUAGUGACGGGGGGGCUGAGGGAGGGGGUUGGACGUUGUGUUGGGGAAGCAGUGAGGGAUCAUGCGGCUGCGGCCUCCUCCCUGUCCCAGAAGAAAGUCAUCGCUGUGGGCGUGGCCCCCUGGGGCCUCGUGCACAACAGACAGCAGCUCAUUAACUCUGAGGGUAGUUUUCCAGCACGGUAUUAUGUCCAGAACACGUCCCAUGACUCGUGCUGCCUGGAUAGUAACUACCAGGCCUUCCUGUUGGUGGAUGAUGGGAGUGUAGGCCGGCGGGGAGGGGAAACGGCCUUCCGGGCCAAGAUGGAGGACUACAUCUCCCACCAACGCACCGGCAUCUGGGGUAGUGGCAGUAUAGAUGUCCCUGUAUUGUGUAUGCUCAUCUCAGGGGACGCUGCCAUGCUGGAGAGGGUGGAUCUCUCUCUGAAGAAGGCUACUCCCUGGCUGGUGUUGAAUGGUUCUGGUCCAGCGGCGGAUCUCAUCUGUGAGCUGCUGGAUGUACUGUCAGCCGGGCCCAUGAGCCCCCCCUCUCCCCAGCCAGAGGGUGAGGGGAGCGAGAAGCCCAGUGCGGAGCUGCGCGACAGAGCCCGUGAGAGGGUCCGGAGACACUUCCCUGCCAAGGCAGACGUGGAGAAGCUGGUGGACAGGGCUCUGAGUAUCUAUAAAAACAGAGAUCUGAUCACAGUGUUCCACGGGGAGCAGGAGAGUCCUGAUGAUUUUGACACAGUGCUACUGAAGGCUCUCGUCAGAGCCAGUAAACGUGUGUCAAGCGAUGCCAGUGAGUACACAGAGGAGCUGAAGCUAGCAGUAGCCUGGAACAGGGUGGACAUCGCUAAGAGUGAACUCUUCAAUGGAGACAUCCAAUGGAAGUACGAGGACCUGGAGGACUCCAUGACGGAUGCGCUGAUCAACGACAAGCCCCAGUUCAUACGUCUCUUCAACGAGAACGGCCUCAACAUCCUGGACUACCUAACCUACAGGCAUCUGGAGGUCCUGUACCGCUCACUGUCCGACAGUUCUCUGGCCUUCACUCUGCUCCAGCGGCUUCUCACAGAGAGAAAGGGCCUGGCCAUAUGCUCUCCGAAAGAGGCCUUAGCCCUCAAGAGCCCCCAGAACCCCAUGAGCCCCCUAUCAGGACCCUCCUCUGUCAAAGAGCUCAGCUUGUAUGAGGUGUCACGGCUUCUAUGGGACAUCCUGGGAGAUGUGUGUGAGCCCUUCUACUACAGUCUUCUCGGUUUGGACCAGACCUCCACCACCAGGAGAGCACUGAAGCAAGUGAAUAAGUUGUUGGAGGGGGAUUGUUCGUACAGGGAGCAGAGCUGUCUCUAUCCGUGGGCCUCUCUGUUCAUCUGGGCUGUGCUGCAGAACCGCAGCGAGAUGGCCGUCUACUUCUGGGAGAUGGCAGGGGAGUCUGUCCACAGUGCUCUGGCAGGCUGUAAGAUUCUGAGGGAGCUGUCUAAGCUGGAGAGUGAGACGGAGACCAAGCUCUCUAUGAAGGAGCUGGCCCAGAAGUUUGAGAACUUGGCCCUUGACGUGUUCAGUGAGUGCUACCAGAGCAGUGAGAGCCGCUCUUUCACCCUCCUUAUAAGGCAGUCUCCGGUGUGGGGCAAAGCUACCUGUCUACAGAUGGCCACCUCAGCUGACGCCCGCCACUUCUUCAGCCACGAUGGCGUGCAGUCUCUGCUGUCUCAGAUCUGGUGGGGAGACAUGAAGAGGAGCACGAAGGUCUGGAAACUGGUCCUCUCCUUCUUCUUACCCCCCCUCAUCUACACCAACCUCAUCACUUUCAGGUUAAAGGAACAGGAACAUGAGGAAGAGGUAAAGGAGGAGGAGGAGGCACCUCAUGGUCGAGACACAGAGAGUCUGGACGGAGCAAAUGCCACUAUGCUCUCCCUCUCCGACAUCAUGCAAACGGAAGAGGAUGUCGAGGAAUAUGCUGCUCUAAGGGCCAAUCUGAAAAGUGCCCCCUCCAAUCCCAAGAGGCCCUUCAUAUUGCUGCGCUGGAGGGAGUUCUGGUUUGCGCCCGUCACCUCGUUCCUAGGCAACGUGUUGAUGUACUUCCUGUUCCUCAUCCUGUUUGCUUAUAUCCUAUUGUUGGACUUCAAGCCCCCGCCGCCUCACGGCCCGUCCACCUUAGAGUUUGUUCUAUACUUCUGGGUCUUCACCAUGGUCUGUGAGGAGAUUCGACAGACAUUCUUCAGGGGCAGCACCACUUUAUAUCAGAGAAUGAAGCUCUACAUCGAGGACAUGUGGAAUAAGUGUGACAUCACAGCCAUCUCACUCUUUGCACUGGGAAUGUGCUGCAGAAUGUUCCCGUGGUCCUAUGAGUUUGGCCGUGCUGUGUUGGCUGUGGACUACAUGGUGUUUACCCUCCGUCUCAUCCACAUCUUCGCCAUCCACAAACAGCUGGGACCCAAGAUAAUCAUUGUUGAAAAAAUGAUGAAAGACAUCUUCUUCUUCCUGUUCUUCCUGGCGGUAUGGCUCCUGGCCUACGGCGUAGCCAAUCAGGCGCUGCUCUACUCCUACGACCCCCGUCCCGGUUGGAUAUUUCGCAGAGUGUUCUACAGGCCAUACCUCCACAUAUUUGGACAGAUCCCCAUACACGAAAUGGAUGCUGAUAAACUGGACGAGGGGAUAGAGUGCACCAAUAACGUCACCCUGGUUGAGGCGGGGGCAGAGCCCUGCAUGAGUACCGAACACAAUUGGCUGGUGAUCAUCUUAUUGGUCAUCUUCCUGCUGGUCACCAACAUCCUCCUGGUCAACCUGCUCAUCGCCAUGUUCAGUCACACGUUCUCCAAAGUGCAGGAACACAGCGACAACUACUGGAAGUUCCAGCGUUACAAUCUGAUCGUGGAGUACCACUCCAGACCCUGCCUGGCACCACCCUUCAUCCUCAUCUCCCACAUCCACCUCAUCAUCAAGAGACACAUCCGCAAGAUCCCCUCCACAAAGAUCAAACACUUUGUUCUGGAGAUCCACGGUAGGGAGGCCAGUAGACUGAACACGUGGGAGGCCAUCCAGAAGGAGAAUAUACUGUUUGCCCAGAACAAACGAGAGAGAGAGAAAGACUCAGAGAGACUCAAACGUACCUCCGUCAAGGUGGACAAUGUAUUAAAGCAGAUGGCAGAGAUUCGGGACCACGACCGCAGGCUGAGAACGUUGGAGACCGAGUUGGAGUACUGUUCUAGUGCCCUCUCCUGGAUGACGGAGGCUCUCUCUCAGAGUAACUUGGUAAAGACCACACGUCCUCCGCCCGCUCUCAGAGAUCUGACCUCUCUUUCUCCAACUAGCUGACAAAUGUCUGAUGGAGAAUAGUGAAAUCUGGACGCGCACAAACGACCUCUUAACUGUCCCUCGAAGUCGAUGAUGACAAAUGUUCCUCUUGUGGAUUGGGGGUAUUGCUUUAA